GCUGAUCGCCGCUCUCCUGCAGCCCCCGGACUGCGCUCCGGCUCCAACCCAAGCCGGCCGGCCGGCCUGCCUGCCUGCCUUCCACGGCCGCCCGAUGAGAGUGCGGCCCCUCACUCCCAGCACCCCCGUCCUCCCCAAGGCCGAGACCAUCGGGCGCUAACCGACCGCAGCUCCGAGCAGCAGGAGCCUGAAGCUGAAACCCAUACGAAAGGUCGGCGAGUCUCCACGGUGUGAGCAUGGAGAAGAGUUUGGCCGGUUCGGCGAGGAGCCCGGGCAGGGCGGCGGUGCUAGGCUGCUCCAGGCCUCCAGCCUUUGCACCAGAGCUGGCUCCCGGCAACAAAGUGCCGCUUCUCAACCCUUUCCUCAAGAAGAAACACGCCCAGAGGCAGCUGGAGGCGAGGAAUCUCCGAGCUCUGGGAUUGAUCCUCACCAGUUUGCUGCGGUCGGACAAAUUAGGCGACGGGGUGUUUCUUUCCCGGAGCUGUGAAGAAAACCGGACCGGUUUAUUUGAACCGUUGAAAAAUGACUCUGAUGAGAAUCAGGCGUGCUCUAAAUCGGGAAGCGAUGUUUCCACACUAAUGCCGUCUGCGGGGAGCCUUGACCAGAUGCGGCAACCGCCAGCCUUGCAGCACGGUGCCCAGGAGCCUGGGGGCCCCGCCGAUCACUCCUUCGCCACCGAGGCAUCUGCAAUGAUCUCCACUGCUGCAAACUUGCCAUUCCAGAUUUCGACACAUUCCACCCAAGAUGCUGUCACCACAGAGUGCUUCGACAUUACGGGCCAACCUCAUGUCAAUAGCUUGUAUCAAAGCCCUUUAUGUCCCAAUCUGUUUAAUCAGGUUAAUACCGAGAAAGAUUUAAAGACUGGCAUUUUUCAGGAUAAGAGCGAAGAGGCAUCAAUCGAUUUAGUCUUUGAUCUUUUGACCCAGUUACAAUAUCACACUCAUCAGGACGAUGGAAUAGAAAUAUGUGAAGAAUUUUUGCAGGGUAUUUGUGCUUAUGGAAAUGACUGUCCAAAACAUCACACCGUGCUACCUUAUCAGUGGCAGUUGAAAAAUAUUAUAACUCAGGCUUGGCAAGCAGUGCCAGACGAGGCACAGGAACAUUUAGAAAGACUCUACUGCAAUCCUGACAAUGACCAAAUCAAACUCCAAUAUCAGGGGCGUGUUUUCUCACUGGAUUUUAAUUUAAUGGCAGUUUAUGAUGUAGAAUUUAACCAAGUGAGGAGAUUGUCUACUGCUUCCGUAGCAAGUUCUGGCUCACAAUUUCACACUGUUUGGAAGUACUAUUGCAGGGAGCACUUUGGCUGGAGAGAAUAUUCUGAGGCAGUUGUUCAAUGCAUUGAGGAAGCCUCAUCUCGAGGUAUGAGUGAGAUUUGUUUUGUGAUGCAGCAAAAUAGGUACAUACUGAAUUUAAUGGAGGGCUUUCAGCAGAAUGCUGUCUUUGGCACUCGGCGAAGAAUCACCCGACGACCCUUAUUUCGCUCCCCUGUCCUGCUGAUACCCUGUUUACAAACUUUGGGUGGCACAACAGGCACUCUUGCAAAGUUACCAGAGGGAUCAAUUUCUCCACAGAUCGACUUCCCUGCUGUGACUCCCCCUUCAAAAGUCUAUCCUGAAACAUGGAUUUCAAUGGAACUAUUAGAGGAUUUCAUUCAAGUGCCAGUUUCUAUAGAAGACAAAAGCUACAGGACUGUAUAUAAUCUUUUCCAUAAAACUAUACCCGAAACCAAAUUUAAGAUAUUGAAUAUUCUAAGAGUACAAAAUCCAUAUCUUUGGGAGAAGUAUAAAAGGAAAAAGGAGUACAUGUCACGAAAGAUGUCUGAGAUGGAUAAGAUCCUAAAUGAAAGGCACUUAUUUCAUGGGACCUCCCAGGAUGUAGUGGACGCAAUCUGUAAACACAAUUUUGAUCCCAGGGUGUGUGGAAAACAUGCCACCAUGUUUGGACAAGGCAGUUAUUUUGCAAGAAAGGACAAGGAAUGGUGGAGUGUUCUCCCAUGCUCCACAAGAAAUCCAUGGAUCUUUGCUGUCUCAGACUUCGCUCUCCCACCACAAAAUAUUUGUCUGCUGACUCCUUUGCAUGAACCUCAGUCAAUUCCUGCAAGUUGCUGGUGCUGCUUUCCUCCUGCAAUAAAUACCCUGGUCAUCAAGUUGGCAGGCCUACCACUUCCUAUUCCUAAGAGGCAUUUAAUAAAGGUUCAAGAAUUGCAAUGCAUUGAUGGGGGAUGUGACUUAACCUGAUGUUAAAGUAUUUCUGUGAGCAGAACUUGCUAUUCCUCAUCAAUCAAGUUGAAGCUAGCUCUGUGAAGCAUGUUGCUACUAGAAGAUUGCCUCAGAUAAGUAUAGACCUGGAAAGUAGGUGAGCAGCUAAAGCAGGUGACUUGCUAAUCUAAGGAAAUUCCAAGCCUGUUGUACACUUUAAUAAAACAAUUAAUGAAGCGAUACAGAUAAGCAGUGUUAAUAUUUCUUGUGAAAUGUUCACUUGAUGGAAUUGAAUGAAAUGCCUGAAUUAAAUAUUACAAAAGGAAUCAACCUAAUAUUUCUAUUACAGUGGAAAUGUCUUAAUGAUAAGCACAAUCAUUAGUAGUUAUUAGUCUAGUUGAUGUAAGUGAGCUUCAAUGAAUGAGAAAUUACAUGGAGUACUCAAGAAUCAGAAUCAGAAGGUAGAGUAGCGGUUAGCAUAACACUAUUACAGCGCCAGCGACCCCGGUUCAAUUCCUGCUGCUGUCUGUAAGGAGUUUGUACGUUGUCUGCUUGGGUUUCUUCUGGGUGCUCCGGUUUCCUCCCACAUUCCAAAGACGUGCAGGUUAGGAGCUGUGGGCAUGCUAUGUUGGCGCCGGAAGAGUGGUGACACUUGCGGGCUGCCCCCAGAACACUCUACGCAAAGAUGUAUUUCACUGUGUGUUUCGAUGUACAUGUGACUUAUAAAGAUAUCUCACCUUAUCUUAUUUUACUUCAUUUGACAAAAAGUCUUCCCCAUUUUACUCCCUUUAUUCAAGAAAGAGCUGGGAAAUUUCUCCAUUUGAUAAUAUUGAUUGCUCAAUUAACACCAUGAAAAUAGUGUCACCAACCGCCUCUGUGUUGGGGAUACAGUACCUUGUAACCCUCUACCCAGUAUAUACCUUUUUACUGUUCAAUGUCUACUGUAAUGUUAAUGAGACUCGGGCAUCAUAAUAGAACCCUUCCUUCUCAGUAUGGACUCCUGGAAUGUAUCAUGUCUAGUCAUGUAAUUCUUUCUUCAAAAGCAGACAGAAUAUAAAUCUUAUCAGACCUAGAUUAGACUUUAGACUAACAAGUGCUUUUAUUUACAUAAGGCCAGUGAAUGAACAAUAAGUAUUACAACAAAAUGAAAUAGAAUUUUCUCUGCUUGUUACAAAAAUUAGUAAAGUUACUCUUCAAAAUUAGACAUUAAGAUGAAGAUUUACUUGCUCUAAAGGCUAAAUCCUCUAUCUAGCCUUUCUUAGUUAAUUUUAAUGGGUGAAAAUUCUUACGUCUGCCCAUUGAACAUAUGACUGUUAGCAUGUUGGAUGCAUGAUUAUUUGGAUUGUGACACAUGACAAAAAUACAAACUGCUAAGCAGAAAAUCCAGCGGAAUCCAUGUUAAGUAGUAGUUCGGCUAAAAUGUUAAUUUCUCAAUUUUCGGGUCUGCAUUCCCCCAGAUUUAUCUGGCAAUGUUGAUUUUACUGGAUAGUUCUUUUGCUUGGUUCUGAGUGGCAAUAAAUUGAAAGAAAUGGAUCUUAAGGUAUGUUUGGUGUUUUGUUUGCUGAUUUAAUGUACAGCAUAGGCUGGUUUUACAAGUGCACAAUCUUGCCAGGCAAUCUUAGGAGCAUGUGCCAGUACAUUUGCAUCUUGUAUGCUGUACAUUGGUACAGAUACAGAGACAAGCACUAGAUCA